GCUGCUAGCUAAUGCAAUGGAGCAAUCAAUGCCGAGAACAAUGGCAGCAACAUCGUGGUGGCUGCUUAUCUGCCUCGCCGCCACUGCGGUACUCCGAGCUCGUGCACAGCCCGACCGCAUCGGUUUCAUCAGCAUAGACUGUGGCCUGCCGGGGACGGCGAGCUACGUGGACGACACCACCAAGCUAUCCUACGCCCCGGACGCUGCCUUCACCGACGCCGGAUCGAAUCAAAACAUCUCGGCCGCGUACAUCACGCCAAACCUCGGCAAGCUCUACCUCAACGUGCGCAGCUUUCCCAACGGGGCGCGCAACUGCUACACGAUCCGGUCCCUCGAGGCCAGGCUCAAGUACAUCCUCCGCGCCACCUUCAUGUACGGCAACUACGACGGUCUCAGCCGUCCGCCCAUCUUCGACCUCUACGUCGGCGUCAACUUCUGGAGCAUGGUGAACAUCACGGGCGCCGACAGCCGGAAGAUCCUGGAGGUCAUCGUCGUCGUGCCGGACAACUUCGUGCAGGUUUGCCUGGUGAACACCGGCUCCGGGACGCCGUUCAUCUCCGCGCUGGAGCUGAGGCCUCUCACCAAGAGCUCGCUCUACCCGCAAGCGAACGCGACGCAGGGCCUGGUCCUGCUCGGCAGGAUCAACUUCGGUGCGACCGAUGAUACGCGAAUUGUCAGGUACCCCGAUGAUCCACGCGACAGGUUCUGGUUCCCCUGGGUCGAUGCCACCAGCUGGAACUCUCUAUCGACGACAUUGAGGGUGCAGAACAUAGACAGCGACCUGUUCGAGGCGCCGUUAAAGGUGAUGCAGACGGCGAUCACGCCACGCAACGCCUCCAAGAACAUCGAGUUCUUCUGGGACUCGGAGCCUCAGCCCAAGGACCCGACGCCGGGGUACAUCGGCAUCAUGCACUUCUCCGAGCUACAGCUCCUGCCCGGCAAUGCCGUGCGCCAGUUCUACAUCAACCUCGACGGCAAACCGUGGUACCCGAAGGCCUUCACGCCGGAGUACCUCUACAGAGACGCCACGUACAACAUCAACCCCUAUCGGGGCCUUGCUCGGUACAAUAUCUCGAUCAACGCCACCGCCAACUCGACUCUGCCGCCGAUCAUCAACGCCGUCGAGGUUUUCUCCGUCAUCUCCACCACCAACGUUGGCACAGACUCCCAGGACGUAUCUGCCAUCACGGCGAUCAAGGUGAAGUAUCGCGUGCAAAAGAACUGGAUGGGUGACCCAUGUGGUCCGAAGACUCUUUCGUGGAACGGGUUGACUUGCAGCUAUGGCAUAUCGAGUCCUCCAAGAAUCACUGGCGUAAACAUAUCCUUCAGUGGUAUAGACAGCGACAUAUCGUCUUCUUUCGCAAAUCUCAAGGCCGUCCAAUAUUUGGAUCUAUCACACAACAAUCUGACAGGCUCAAUUCCUGAAGUCCUUUCACAGUUACCUUCACUAACACUUCUAGAUUUGACAGACAACCAGCUCAAUGGAUCAAUCCCCCCUGGACUUCUCAAAAGAAUUGAAGAUGGCUCCUUAGAUCUAAGAUAUGGCAAUAAUCCAAACCUUUGCAGCAAUGCCGAUUCAUGUCCGAGUCCGACCCCGAAAAAGAAGAGCAGGCUUGCCGUCUACAUUGCUGUCCCUGUAGUUCUGGUUGUUGUGGUAGGACUACUGGUAGCACUACUUUGCUGCUUCCUUCGACGAAAGAAGCAAGAAUCAAUGAGCCAGUCUGUGAAGCCUCAAAAUGAGGCGCCGACGAGCCAUGUGCCACCAGGUGACGCGUACGCGCAGAGCUCGCUGCAGCUUGAGAACCGCCGGUUCACGUACAAGGAACUGGAAAUGAUCACGAACAACUUCCAGCGUGUGCUCGGCCGCGGAGGGUUCGGGGAAGUCUACGAUGGCUUCUUGGAGGACGGCACUCAGGUGGCAGUCAAGCUGCGGUCUCAGUCUUCCAAUCAGGGCGUCAAGCAGUUCCUCGCAGAGGCUCAGAUCUUAACACGGAUUCAUCACAAGAAUCUCGUGUCCAUGAUCGGGUACUGCAAGGACGGGCAGUACAUGGCACUUGUCUACGAGUACAUGUCAGAAGGCACCCUGCGAGAGCAGCUUGCAGGAAAUGGCCGCAACAGAAGAAGUUUAACCUGGAGGCAGAGGCUUCGAAUCGCACUGGAAUCAGCGCAAGGGCUGGAGUAUCUGCACAAGGGGUGUAACCCACCUCUCAUUCACAGGGAUGUGAAGACGACUAACAUCCUACUGAACACAAAACUGGAAGCCAAGAUUGCCGAUUUUGGUUUGUCCAAGGCUUUCAAUCUUGACAACGAAGCUCAUAUGUCCACGAAUAUUUUCGCUGGUACACUCGGAUACGUUGAUCCAGAGUGUCAGGCAACCCUGCAGCCGACGACCAAGAGUGACGUUUACAGCUUCGGAGUUGUGCUACUGGAGCUGGUCACGGGGAGGCAGGCCAUCAUGUACGAGCAAGAGCCUACCAACAUCAUCCAGUGGGUGCGGCAGCGCUUGGCACGGGGCAACAUCGAGGAAGUCGUGGACGCGCGCAUGCACGGCGAGUACGACGUCAACAGCGUGUGGAAGGCCGCGAACGUCGCGCUCAAGUGCACCGUGCAGGUGUCGGCGCAACGGCCCACAAUGACUGAUGUGGUGGCGCAGCUGCAGGAGGGCCUUGAGCUCGAGGAGGGCCACACCGGCGGUUACGCAAACGCUAGCUUCUACACCGGCGGCAGCAGCGACCCCAACUCUGGUUACAACGCGUACGCCGCUGAUGACCAGUCCAUUGACGUGAGCCAGGGCAGCACUGCAUUUGAGAUGGAGCAUAAUUUUGGGAAGGUGCCAAGAAUGAACAUAGGGCCUGUUGCAAGAUAAGGUUCUUCUAGGGUUUUUCAGUGAUGCUGUUUCAGCAAAGCAAGUUCGACUAUACAAAGGUCCCGACGUUAGAAGUGUGUGCAGUUUGGCCUAAAAAAGAAAAUAAGUGUAUGCAGUUUUUUUUUAAAAAAAAAUUGGAAGACCUCGGAGUUUAUGUACUACUUUGUCUGUUCUUCCCACGGAAGGACACUCCACUACUAUCCUCACUGAGUGCACUUGUCUAUUCUUUCCA